AUGACGGACUUGGCUUCGUCUUUGCUUGCGAGCACCCACCAGUUUGUGACCCAAUCGAUCAUCGACGACUGGAACACCAGCGGCCGCGAUGAAUUACUCGACGUGAUCCGACGCAACGUCGACGGCGACAGCAUCACCCUCGUGAAGAUUCUCAUAGAGCUCUUCGGCAACAUUAUCGACGGCUCCCUCACCCUUGAUGAACGUCUGGCCAGCGUAUUCGAGGAAGUGCUCACCUUGCCCUUCCCAAACGCCGAACAGACGCUGCUCAUGAUGUUCUCCUUCUUUGGAUACCACGAGUCGCUGUCAAAACUCCCCAAGUUGCUCGAAAACACGAUAUCGACGUCCUCGUGGAUGCUCUAUGUCAACGACGGCAACCUGUUGACCCAAAUCGGCAUAGUUUCACCCAUGUUUGAAAAGAAAAUUAUCAGAGAACGAACCACAAUCUUCUACAGACAGCGACGACACAACCUGCUUCGAGAGGAGACAGAGGGAUACUCCAAGCUGAUGGUGGAGCUAAGCAAUGUUGUUGCGGCAUCCAAACACAUUAGGGACACUGCCAAACUCGCCGCUGAGACUGCUGCGAACAUCGUCUCGCUUAUCGGAUACUUUCACCUCGAUCCCAUCCGUACGCUGGACAUUUUUCUCAACGUGUUCAUUCUCGACAUUACAUACACCUCGGAGGUGAUGAUUGAGGUUCUAGCACAGACGCCGUUUUGGGAGGAAGGUGUCCCCAACUACGAGGCUGCCCAGCUGUUGGGUAUGAAGCUGGUUGGAGCAAACGCCGCUCAGCAUGGAAAGCAGUCGGGGAACACAUGUGCUGCGGUGGCGCUGUUGAUCCAGCGGGGCUUCAUCAAGUUCGAAGCCAUUUAUCCUUUUCUGGAGCCUCUCGAAUCUCAGGUCACUGCCCAGAAGGAUCUCUACUACGAGGAGCUGAGAAACAAGCCCUCGGUUUCGGGAAUGGCUUCGCUUGGUAAUGCUCUGGCCAUGGUUCAGUUUGAUGGAGAAGGAGGAGAUACUGAUGCUGUAGAAGAAGAGGUGGUCACCCUUGACCCUACCAUUCACACACAUCUUCUGCAAGCCCUCUUGACACGUGGAAUCAUGGAGCCCUCUUUUUUCAUCCUUUCCAAGUUCCCGUGGCUUCCUGGUGCCUUCCCCUUGGUGUCCAGACUCAUCUACCGGCUGUUUGAGGGCGGCUUGUCACCUCUCUACGACGCAUACAGACCGUUUGAAGAAGUGAAUGAGCUUACACAGGUCAAAAAGCUUCCCUCUCAGUCUAACGACUCUGUUCUUACAACUCCGCGACCCCGAGUGGGUAUGUCGCAACCCUGUAUAUAUCCCUUCGACAGUGAAGGCGGAGAGACUCGAUUUUUCGACACUACCGACAGUUGGAAAGAAGCUGUGGUUCCCGUCAACAACAAGGAAGAGUUGAUGGAUCAAUCUAAGCGACUAAUCGGCUUGACAGGACCGCAUUUGUGCUACAAUCUUCGUCUGUUUGCAAAGCUGUGCAGAAUCGCUACCGCCUGUCUAUCACAGGACCCCUCCUGGUGGUACGACUACCUACGGCUGUUCAUUUUACCAUCUGUAGCCCUCAUUUCCACCAAUCCUCUUGCUCUUGCUGAGGUAUUCAAGGUGGUGAAACAGUUUCCCGCAGAUGUGCGGUUCCGGCUCUAUGGAGAAUGGAACUUUGGCAUCCUCAAAAGCUGUCCCGAGCUGCGCAUUGCAACUUUGAACACGGAAAAAGAGACGAAACGGGUGCUGAAGCGGCUGAGUAAGCAGAAUGUUCGUGAGAUGAUGCGUAAGCUGGCGAAAAUCAGCUACGCGAACCCUCUGCCCACAUUCACGGCUUUUGUCUCACAGGUUGAAUCGUACGACAAUCUGUCUGAUCUUGUGGUCGAAGCCGCUAAAUACUUUACAGAUCUUGGAUGGGACGCUCUACCGUUUGUGAUCAUUCUCCAGCUCACAUCUAGUGGUCGAGAUACUGUACAGAAAGACGGUCUGAACGACAGAAAGUGGUUGCAGAGUCUCGCACACUUCACGGGCCGGCUUUGCAGUCGAUACUCUGUCAUGAUGGACUGCUGGCCCAUUUUCGAUCUGCUCAUCAAGCAGCUUCAUUGCCAGGAUUCAUCAAUGUUGGUUGUGCUGAGAGAGAUUCUGGUUUCCAUGACUGGAGUAGCUCAGCAGCAGAACAUUUCACCCGAGCAGGCCCUCAAUCUCGGCUUUUCUCCUCAGCUGAAGUACUCAGUCUUCAAGGUAAUUGGUGAUAGUCGUCUGGACAAGGAGAAGCCAGCCAACCGACUUUUCAACACUCUUGGAGGACAGCGGGCACUGGAGCUAUUCAUUCUUCUUGCCCAGACCCAGCAGAAACUCGCAUUCUUACCUGACAACAGUUCUGUUCAUCAAAAGGUUCUUGCUCUGCGUCACGAUGAGGUCACCGGAGUGCUGAACCAGUACAUCGAGGCUGUUACAUGGUUCGUAAAGCCGCUAGAAAAGUUUGCAGCGACGUUUGCCUCGGUGGUUGACCUAGUCACCAAGUACGACGUGUCUCCAGCAUAUGCGUUUGCUCUGUGGCGGCCAAUGUUGAGCCAGCAGAUCAAGUCCGACCCUUCCGUGCUUAAAAGUCUCCGAGACGGCCUUCCAUCUCCUGAACACAUUUCUCCCUCGCUUUAUGUGACCUUCUGGCAGUUGUCACUCUACGACAUUUACUACGACCACGGAGUCUAUGAAGCUGAGCUUGCUCGUCUGAGCAAGUCCAAGAAGAGCAGCAAUGCUGGAGAACUGGCUGACGAAGAUAAGACACACACUCUGCACAAUAUGAAGACCAAGAUUCGUCUUUCAGCCGAAAAAGACUCUUAUUUCCCCUGUGAAAUGGACAUCGCAUCCGACGGAGCCAAGAUUCUGCGUAAGAUGCAGAUUUCUGAGCUUCUGGCUUCCUGUGUGCUUCCUCGAGCCAUUCUGUCAGCUGUGGAUGCUUUGUACUCUGCUCACUUUGUCAUUACUCUUCAUCAGCUUGGAACCCUCAACUUUUCGACUUUGGGCGUUCUCGACCAGAUCUUCAACUCCCAGCUGCUUGUCCCAACAUUGUACACGUGCACAGCUGGCGAGACCGAAAACCUGGGCUUAUUCUACCACGAGAUUCUUGCCAUUCUCAACUCCUGGCGUGCCAAGCCCGAGGAGUACGUGGCUGAGGGUCUCGGAGGUCUGACGGGCACCUCUGGGGAGGCUGCUGGAACAUACCGAUUCCCAGGCUUCCGACUGGCUUACGGUAUUGGAGAUAACAAGAAGGAAAACAUGCUGGACCAUGACAUGCUGAGAACCGUGGUGGAAAAGUGGCACCGAAAAAUCCACAUCACUGUUGCGGAGUGCCUCUCCCGAGACGACUACAUGAGCCGUCGUAACGCCAUCAUCUUCUUGCGGUCUGUUGUGGGCGAGUUCCCUCUUGUGGCGGGCCAUGGUGUUGAUGUGUCCAAGAGAUUGGAAAAGAUUGCCAAGACAGAGACACGAGAAGACAUCAAGCUGGCUGCGCUAAGUUUGCUUGGCCACGUGACCCGAACAGAGGUGUCGUGGAUCGAGGUCUACGAUUUCAAGCCCAUGAAAGAGGAGGAUCGUAAGGUCGAAAUGGCCAAGGCUAAUAAGCGGGUUAUGGCUCGCAAGAAGGCCAUUGAGGAUGCCAAGGAGAAGGCUGCACUUGAUGUGGAGCGCCGAGAGAAGGAGUCACGUGAAUCUGCCAAGCCUGAGGCGCGUGACGCUCAACGUGAUUCACGUGACCUGGACAAGGCCCGUGAUGUGGAGUCUCGGGUUUCCUCAGCUCGGUCUUCUCGUGCCACUUCCCCUCGACGAGAGCGGGAGCGAGAACGGGAGCGAGAGCGGGAGCAGCGCAACAAGGAGCGUAUCCGUGAUCGAGAGCGGGAUCCUAGAGAUUCUAGAGACCUGCGUGAUCCACGUGAUGGACGUGAUAGCCGGGAUGCCCGAGAUUCACGUGAUGGACGUGAAAGCCGAGAUGGGCGUGAUGCCCGUGAGGGUCGCGAUUCCCGUGAUGGUCGCGAUUCCCGUGACUCUAGAGACUCUAGAGACUCCAGGGACUCGCGAGAUUCGCGAGAGUCGGACCGGAAGCGACGUCGAGGCAAGGAGGAGCCUGCUUCGCUUCCCGCCAAGCCUCCUGUUCGUCCUCGAGGCGACGGUGGUAGUUCGCGUGACGGAAGCUCUCGUGAUGGUAGCUCCAGAGACCAGCCCCCACGUGACGUUCCCGUCCGGGAUGCGCCUCGGCGAUUUGGAGAUUCGGAGAACCUCUCCAUUGAAUCUCGUAUGAGCAGGCGAGCAGGUGGUGGCGAGUCUGACACUGUUCCGCCUCCCCCACCUCCUCCCAGUGGUCCUCGAAGCUCACGUGAACGAGAGCGUGAGGCGCGAGCUCGAGAGCGAGAAAGAGAUGCAGCCCCCGGAGCUAUUCCCUCUCGACCGGCUCGGGAUCGAGAACGCGAACGUGAUCAGCGCAACAAGGAGCGUGAAAAUGACCGUGAGCGAGACCGACGUCGAGCCGAGGAUCCCAACAGGAUUCAGAUUGGGCGUGCUGUGCGAGAGACGAGAGGAGGAGUAAGUGGAAGCGGAGGAAGUGCUGGUAGUGGAAGUGGCUCGUCCAGAGAUGCUGCAUCUAGAGACAGUGCAUCCAGAGAUGGUCCCUCCAGAGACGGUUCUUCGCGGGACAACGGAUCUUCACGUGACCCUGGGUCUCGAGACUCCUCGUCGAGGGACAACGGCUCGUCGUCCCGUUCGUGGAACAGAGAGCCUCCUCGAGAACCUCGUCGGGGUUCUUCCAAUGGUGAUGGACGGUUCUCGUCUCGAAAGCAUUCGUCAUCUACCCAGGACGACUCUCGGGGAGAGAAGCGACGUCGAAUGGGUAGAUAG